UGUUCGGGCCUGAGCAUCCAUUUCAAAAUUGCCUCUCAAAGCGUGCGGAUGUACGCCGUCCGUACUCGCGUCGAGUGUUGGGUUUUGAAUUCUACCAGUGCUACGUAAAAUAUGCAGUGGUCAGCACAGUUAGGAACGUGAAACCAAAGCCAAGCUGAAACGCAAACGCAAACCCCCACCCGCACGAGACGCGCCACAAACACUUUCGCGCGUCGGGUGCAACCAACUAAUAUUCUAUUCAAUGAAACUGCAACGGUUUCGCAUACGUCAAGUUAAACUACUUUAGAAAAAAGUUUCCUUCGUGUGUUUUUUUUGUUCUUCUUCUUCUGUUUGUUCUUCGCCCCCAUUAAUUUAAACGCUAUUUAUGUAUUUAUCGCCGUCGUCGCUUAACUUAUUUAUUUAUUUAAAUUAUUCAACCUGUUUGCCACAACAACGCCAACAGCAGCAGUAAAAGGCAAACGCAAAAAAAAUAAUAACAGUCAACAAUCGUCAACAAAUAUUUGCUAGUUUAAAACUUACAAAAGUUACAAAACAAAAACGAAAAUUUGCACCAACCAUUCGCAAGCUUCUAAGUCCCUUAUUCUUCAUUCGCUAAGUAACUUAUUCGGUUUGGUUCGAGGUGUAAGUUUUCUGUAAUCGACAAAAGCUAGCACGCGAAGUAAAAAUCCAGCAGAGGUCAAACAAAAGUGCAUUCACGGGAGUGGAAGGCAACAGCGACAGUACAAAUUAUCAAAUCAUCCCCAUCGAGAGCGUAAUUAAAAGAAGAUCUACCAAAAAGCGAAAGUCAGCAAAAAUAUUAAAAUAAAAAAACGCAAACCCACCCUGUUUUCGAACGGAAAAGCGUAAUUUUCGACAAUAAAAAGAAAGACGACAAAUUGCAUCCAGUGAAAACCCAUCCCGGAAAUCAUCCAGAUCAUCAACGCCCAUCAAGUCAAGCUCAAAACAAAGUUAAAAGAAGUAAAAAACCAAAAUACGCAAAAUACAAAACACAAACCAAUCAAAGUACAAAGUAAAUUACAGAGGAAAUAUUUAAAGUAUUUAAUAGCGAAGAGUUUAAGAGAGAAACAAAAACGGAUAGCAAAACUACACGAAACUAAACCAACAAAACACAACAAACAAACAAACAAAAUCGUACCAAAAGCAAUCAAAUCGAACGAGAACGAGUGGUUCUCCCCACCCUGCCCCACGCAAUCAAAGUGUUCAGGAAAUCGUCGUCCGAAUUCCAAGCGCCGCCAACCAAAAAAUACGAAACCCAAAAAGAAAACAACUAAAAUUUUAACAAUUUACCAAAACAAAUCUUGUACUUGUACAAAAACGAGCGAAAGAGUGCGUGCGAGUGUGUGUCGUGAAGUGUUGUAUUUUUCGCCGGGGAGAAACGUGAAACGUAGUGACCUGCACUAUUUAUCGGAAGCAAUCCACUGAUCAGUUCGGUCGCGAUCGUGCUAGCCUUGUAAGUGAUAGUUCAACACGCCGAGAGGAGAAAAACAGCAAAUAAAUCUAAUCAUUCGAGACGGAUCAGAGUAUUUUUUAUACGUGCAAAAGCAAUUUUUCCAUAGCGUGUAAGUGCAGUGUGUCGUUUACAAUACCAAAAAUUAAUACAAAUCAGCAGAAGCAGUUCAGGAAGCGCCAGAACUACCUCUCUUCUCUCCCGCUCAACUGCGUGUGUAUGUGUAUGUGUGUGAAAAGUGUCCAAAUUACGCGGGUGAAGUGAAUUAUUUGUGUCUAAAAGGAGGUAAAAUAUAGAAACAAAAACAGUCCCUCUACAGACAUUCGGGUCGUUUCCCUCUAUACAGUGAACUUUUCGUUGUUCUAGUCGCGCGUCGCGAGUGUUCUCACGGUUAGGUAGAAGGAGGUGAGUGAUAGUCAAAGUAAAGGUUAAGAUAGGAAGGUGUGCAUUUGAGCAACCCCGAUCCCAGUGGUGAGUGUAUGAUCGUGUAAAGGACGACCCAAAGGCCCUCGCAAAGAUGCCGCACGGCAGCAGCGGGUUGCGAUUCGGAGCAUGACCUCGAUGAUGAGCGCUAGCACCGCGGACGACACGACCCAGCAGAGUCUACCGUCGUUCACGUCGUUCUCCGCCGAGCUGGAGCCCUCGUGGGACUACUACGAGCAGCGUCCGGAGCGUUCGAACAGUGCCACGAACGGGUCCACCGAUGUGAUUGCAUCGCAGACGACCUCUAACGGCAGCUACACGCGUCCUUGGGAGAUGGACACCAAGGAGAAUCGUAUGGCGCCCCCGAACGGGCCGCCCGGCACGCCCGGGCCACCGCCUCCGCCCACCCCGAGCGGGUUCGAUCAUGGCGGCUUCCCGAAGCUGCCCUCGUUCCAGAGCCAGUUUCACAGCUUCACCGAUCCGGCCAUGGUUACGCCGGAACCGAGCCUGCCGCAGGUGACGGCCGUCCCCGUACCGAUCUCACCGAGCUCCGCCUCACCCGGUACGGGCGGCUCGCUGACACAGCUAACGCAGCUGACACCGACUCCGCUGCCACCGCUGCCACAGGGUGGGUUUCACACACUGUCAGCGGUUAACUCGCGCCCGUACCCGAUCGUACCGGCCGCUAUUCCGGUCCGCGAGCUGGCCGGGAUCAAUCACCAUCAGCAUCAGUAUAUUGACGAGCGUCACAUUCAGCUGUACCAACCGAUGGCCACGUUCCAGGGGCAAACCAUCCCGACGCUCGCCGUCAUCAAGAAGGAGAUGGUGGACUACGAGAUGACGCCGCUCAACAAUGGUACCGCGUUGCAUCAUAGCAACUUCCAGAACCCACUGCUGGACAAUGGACUGUUCGCCCAGAACGGUACGGUGCACCACAUUCAGCACCAACCGACUCAGCUGCAGCACCAUCUGCAGCAUCAUCAUCAUCAGCAACAGCAGCAGCAGCAGCAGCAGCAGCAUCAGACCACGAUCAUUCAGCAUCAGCCACAGCUGCAGCUGCACCAUCAGCACAAUCUGGUGACACCGUCGGAUCACCACAACAACAACAACAACAAUGGUAGCGCAACUGGGCCGACCACACCGAGCAGCAAGAUGGGCAGCGCCUCGGUCCGGCUGGAACCGGGCACGCCGGGCCAGAUCACGCGCAUUGACAAUCGGAAGAAGGAGCGGCGGAAAAUCCGUGCCGCGUCGCUCGAGUCCAGUGCCGAGUCGGAGGGCAGCGCGAUGGAGAUCGGCGAGAGUGGCAAUCCGGGCCAGGUGGCGGCCAUCUCUAGCACCGCCAACUUCAAGAGCCCGAUGCACACGAUGAGUAUGGACACGGAUGAUGGUGGUACUCCGGGCGAGAAAUCGACGAAAAAGAAACGGAAGCGUUGCGGUGAGUGUGUUGGAUGCUCGCGCAAGGAUAACUGUGGCGACUGUGCGCCGUGCCGCAACGACAAGAGCCACCAGAUCUGCAAGACGCGACGCUGCGAGAAACUGACGGAGAAGAAGAUUCUGUACGGCCCGGACGGCCAACUGCUCAAGCCCGAGUCCCGCCGGGGGCGUGGAAAGGGCAGCAAAUCGAAGGCAGCAGCGGCGGCAGCGGCAGCAGCGGCAGCGGCAGGAGCCACGAACGGAAGCGCUAAUGGAGCGAUCGUGUCGUACGACGCUAACGGACAGGCCGUCCGUGCUGAUGGAAAGCGUGGUCGCGGACGAGGACGUGGUGGCGGGGUAAGCGACAAAAAAUCGAGUGGCCGCGGUCGCAAGGCACUGAAUCUCGGCGCUACGCCCAAGAACUCGGUCCCGCAGAACUCGGCCGUCAGCCCAGCGCCGGCCUCGUUGCCGCAUCCCUCCCCGAACACUACCACGCCGGCGACGCCCAAUGUGCAGCAGGUGCCGGGCCAGCAGCAGCAACAGCAACAGCAGCAGCAACAGCAACUGGUGACCGUGUCCGGCGCACAGCAGCCCGGAACAGCAGCCCCACCGACCGCUGCCAGUACCGCCAGCGCAGCCCACAACAACAGCAACGGUGUGCUGCUCGCGACCGGCAUCCCCAGCCAGCACCAGCACCAGCAGCAGCAGCAUCAGCAGCAAGCCCAGCUGCAGCACCAUCUCGCCCGCCAUCCGCCUAUACCACCGGGCGCACCACCGCCGGGCGGAGGAGGUCCUGGGAGCCUCCAACAGCAGCAGCAGCAGCAGCAGCAGCAACAGCAGCAGCAUCACUCGAUCAUCGUCAAGUCGGAACCGAGCGUCGAAGUCAUGAAGGAUCAGCCGCAACAGCCGAUGGCCCCAAUGGCGUUCUAUCCCACCUGGCAGGCUGACCCGUCGCAGGGCUGGCAGAAUCAGUUCAUCCAACAGAUUCCACAGAACACGCCCGCGAUUACACCGCUGAACUCGCUCGAGUUCCAGCCACAGGGCUAUGCCGCUUACCAACCGAACGGUUACGUCCAGACCGCCGGCAUCGGGUUCGAUCCCAACUAUGGUCGCACGUACGCCGCACCGCCCGCGGUCCAGCGCUACGACUUCCAGACGAACCAGAUCGCCCCGAUCAAUCAGGUGUCGCUGCAGAGCGUCAGCUUCGCGCCGACCGUCACAUACGCCGGCCAGGUGUCGACCGGUCCGGCCACGAUCGUGUCCGGUCACGCCGGCACCACCACCAACCCGCACGACCAGUUCAAUCUGCAGCUCGGCGGCAGCAAACAGCAGCAACAGUCCACGGCGGCUGCCUCGGCGGCGUCGGGAAACGACAUGCCUGGAUAUCCACGGGUGAACAGCGUACCGCCGCGCUCACUCAAUUGUAAUGGGUAUUCAGGCCAGCAAGACUACGGCGGUCUGCAGACAUCGACAACGACGACCACGGCCACCACGGCGGCCAGUGCGAACGGCAGUAGCAGCAGCAGCAGUAGCAGCUCGGCCGCUCCUACCACUGGCACCUCGUCCGCGUCCCCGUCUGCAGCAACGGUUGCGACUGCACCGAACACUGGCAACGGUGGCGGAAGCAGUAGCAACAACAGCUCCACUAACAACAACAACAACGGUAGCACCGGUUCCUCGUCCUCCAUGCAUCCGCCCCAGGGUGUGCCACAGUCGCCCAACCGGCAGCCACCGCGGCCCAACUCGAACAACCAGCAGCAGCAGCAGCUGUACGCCCAGCAGUCUCCGAACCCCUACAACGGAAGCGCCGGAGGUAGCGGAGGCAGUCUGCAGCAGUCUCCGAGCCACAACGGCAACAACACACCGGCGGGCGGGUACGGCAGCGGCCAGAGCGGCAUGCACACACCGUCCCCGAUGCAGCAGGGCACCGCAGCAACGGACAAUCAGCAUCAGCAAUCGCCCAGCCACAUGCAGGGAGACUGGGGCUGGACUCAGCAGCAACAGCAACAGCAGCAACAAUCCCAGUCCGGCACAGAUCUCUUCAACCAGUCCGAUCGGGUCAACUUAAACUCGCGACUCAAGACGAUGAUCAUGAGCAAGGGCGACCAGAAGGAUGCGCUACUGGCCGGUGGGCAAUCGUCGCAUCUCGUCGGUUCCCAUCUUGGACUGCAGCAGCAGCAACAGCAACAGACCGGCACACAAUCGACCGGUCAUUUUUUAUCGUAUAGCCACCAUCUCCGAGACAGCCUGACGCCGACACACCACCUGGGCGGUGGUCCUGGGUCGGCACAGUCGGCGUCUAGCGCGGGCCCAGGCUUAAUGCCCGGUGGCUCCGGCAGCAGCAACAGCUCGAGCAGUACUGCAGCGAACGACGGUACUACUAUCGGAGAUGGUGGCGGCAGCGGAGGAGGAGGAGGGGGAGGAGGAGGACUGAUCAACAGCAUCGGCAAUAUGGUUGAUCAGAGCUGGAAGCACCAGCAAGGUGCAGGAAGCAACAGCAAUGGCAGUGGCACUAACAACAGCAGUAGUACGUCGGUGGCAGCAGCGGCGGGCAUGAAAUCCCCCUCGCUCACUGACCAUCACCAACAACAACAGCACCAUCAACAUCAUCAUCAUCAUCAUCAUUCACAUCAUCAGCUGCAGCAGCAGCAGCAGCACGAUCAUCUGCUCGCGGGUGAUCUGCACCACGGUGCGAAGCAUUCGGUUUUUGAGCAGAAGCAGCAACUAAUCGACAAGAAUAAUACGGAUCCCGGUGGAGGCGGCGGCAUCGGUUCGCCGACGGGCGUCGGCAGUGAGCUGAAGGGCAAGAUGGGCAAGUCGGGCGGGUCUUCCUCCUCCUCGUCUGCGGCCGGCUCACCGUCCGCUGGGUCACCUUCGUCGAAGGCGAAGGGAAAGGGCGGCGACAAGCAUGGCAAGUCGAAGCAUGGCGGCCAUCACCAUCAGCAGCAGCAGCAACACCAGCAGCAUCAUCUCGACCAUCUCGGGCUGGUGGAUGGGAAGUCGUCCUCGAGCUACUCGAGCUCCAACUUUAUGAUGCAUCACGAUCAGCAGCUGCAGCUUCAGCAGCAGCAGCAGCAUCAAGGCUACUCCAACAUGAACCAAACAUAUCCAGGCAGUGGUUCGACGACCCCGAACGGUAGUCAUCAGACGUCUUCCGGGUCACUGCUCGGCUACUCGCCAGCCGGUGGAGCGUCCUCCAUGAUGGUCGACAGCAAGCUGGUGGACGACAAGAGUCCGUUGAAUCGCUUCCGGCACGACUCCCUGUCGAGUGGGUUCAAUCCGCAUCUGCAGGCGGGCGGUACUGGGACCUCCGGCGCUUUCCACCAUCCCGGGGGAUCAUCGGCCGGACAGUCGGCCGGAUCGGGCUACAAUCUGAUGAGCGUCAAGAAGGAGCCGGGUCUGAUGGAUGACGGUCAGACGGCGCUGCCCAAGUUUGACGGUGGGUACGAGAAGAACUAUCAGAACUUUAUCCGGUACGGUGACUACUGCGACAACACGCAAUCCCCUGGCGCGCAGGCAUCCUUACAGGCCGGUGUUGGUGGCGGCGCAGGAGGUGCCUCCGUGAAGAGUGCAUCCACAGACUACAACAGCUACUACUCGCCGUACGGUAGCUACUCGAGCUACUCGACCCAGAGCUACCCGAACUAUCACAACCAGCAGUCGUCGGCAGCGGCGGCCAGCGGGUUCGGCAGCGGCACGGGCAGCAACAGCAACAGCAACAGCAGUCUUCCACCAGCGCAAACACCGGAAGGGAAUGCGCUGCUCUCGCUGCCGGCCAUCAGCACCCCGGUCACGCACCAAACCAACUUCGAGCAGCAGAUCCCGGCCCACACGUACCCGAUCCCGAAGAACAACAGUCUGCUGCCCGCAUCUGACCAGGGCGUCUCGAUCAAGCUGGAGGCGGACGAUUCGGCGUACGGUGGAAGUAUGGGCAACAGCUCGGCUACGCUUGGCUCCGAGCCGGGAAGUGAUCCGGGCAUUGGCAAUCAAUCGUCGGGCAGUGGGACCGGUGCGCUGGCGGAGAUUGAUGUCGGUAGUCAACCGGUCGCAACGACAGUAGGUGGAACGACUACUACCACCACGACGACGACGACCACCAACACCACCACUGGCACCAAGUCCAAGUCGAAGAAGGGCGAGAAGAAGGACAAGGCGGCGAAGGAUAACAGCCACGGUGCGGGAGGUGACGGUGCCGAUGGAAAGGCGGAAGGUGGAGCCACGACCGGUGGUAGCACUACCAGCAAGAGCAAGAGUAAGAAGGAGUCGAAAAGCGUCAAGAAGGAACCGAUCGAUCCCGCCCAGAAGGCGGACGACGACAAGUUGGAGAAGUCGCACAAGCCGGAAGCGCCCGAUUGCGACUGUUUCAGCUCGGGCACGGACAAGGCACCGUCGGAACCGGGCAGCUACUACACGCAUCUCGGCUGUGCAGCGACGCUGGAAGAUCUGCGGCGGGAGACAGAACUGCGCGUCGGCCUGACCGGCAAGCAGCUGCGCAUCGAGAAGGUCGUCUACACCGGCAAGGAGGGCAAAUCGAGCCAGGGCUGCCCGAUCGCCAAGUGGGUGAUCCGGCGCGUCGACCCGGAGGAGAAGCUGCUGUUUGUGGUGAAGCGCCGGCAAGGGCAUCGGUGUAAGGCGUCCUUUAUCGUGAUCUGCAUCGUGGUGUGGGACGGCAUACCGACGCACGAAGCGGACAGCGUCUACCGGAUGCUGGCGGUGAAGCUGAACAAGUUCGGCCUGCCGACCGUCCGCCGGUGCGCGACGAACGAGAACCGAACCUGCGCCUGUCAAGGUACGAACGGACUCGAUCCAGAGCUGUGCGGCGUUUCGUACAGCUUCGGGUGCAGCUGGUCGAUGUACUACAAUGGGUGCAAGUACGCCCGCUCCAAGACGGUGCGCAAGUUCCGGCUGUCGGUGAAGAACGAGGAAGCGGAGAUUGAGGAGCGCAUGAACGUGCUGGCCACGAUGCUGAGCCCGCUGUAUGUGACCGUUGCCCCGCAAGCCUUCCAGAAUCAGGUGCAGUACGAGCGGGAGGCUCCGGACUGUCGGUUGGGGUUGAAACCGGGCAAACCCUUCUCAGGCGUGACGUGCUGUUUAGACUUUUGUGCCCACACGCACCGCGAUCUGCACAACAUGCAGGACGGCUGCACGGUGCAGGUGACGCUGCUGAAGCCGUUGCCGCCGGGCGUGAAGCCGGACGACGAGCAGCUGCACGUGCUCCCGCUCUACACGAUGGACACGACGGACGAGUUCGACAGCGAGGAGGGCCAGAAGAAGAAGCACGAAACCGGCGCCAUGCAAGUGCUGGAGAAAUUCCAGACGGAAGUUCGUGUCCGCUCGACACCGCUGCAGCCGUGCCGGAGGCAUGGCAAGAAGCGCGGCAACGGCAAGGACGAAAAGCUCGGCAAGGAUGGUUCGGAUGGAGCGGCACCAGACACGCCACCGCCUCCACCACCACCAACCAAGAAGGAGAGUAAAUCCAAGAGCAAAAAGUCAUCCGCAGCUUCGACCGCGUCGAGUGGCGGUUCCACCGCGAACAGUGUCGCAUCGCCUGGACCCGGUGGCAGUGGGUCAACGGGAGCCGGGGGAGGUAGUGGUGGUUCCGGUUCGGGAUCGCCCCGUGCCCACACACCCGGCAGCCAGAAGUCAACGGGCAGUGGGAAGGGCGGUAGCGGCAGUAACGGUGGUUCGUCCAAUGCCGCGCUCGAUCCGGUAACGGGCGUGCUGACGGAAAAGCACAGCUCCCCACUGCACGGACAGGGUGCCGGAGGUGCUGGAGGUGCUCUGGUAGCGGCCGGUGGUGGCAAUGGAGGCACGGGAGGUAGCAGUGCGUUCACCGCACCGAACACGAUCAACUCGCCCAACUCGCUCGCGAACAAUGGCAACAACACCAACAGCACGCUGAUCGAUAUGGCGUCCAUGAUCGAUAACUUUACGGACGCGCAGCUCCAGUCGAAUCAGAUUUCGAGCACGGUGCUCGACUCGCCGUACAGCUACGACUACAACACGGGCCAGUACAUCGACAACCGGCAGUACUACAACAACUGGCCGACGGAUUACUAUGGGAAUCGGGGCGAUCCGAGCAAGCUGGCCGGGUUGGGGCGGAACGAGGAGAUCCCGGACACGACGACGCGGCCGGGAAGCAAUAGCAGCAAUUCGGCGUUUAGUCCCAGCAUUCCGGAUCCGACGAAGACACCCACACCGAUCCAUAUGGAUGAUUACGGCAGUACGAAGCUGGGACAGGGACAGGUGCAUCAUCAUCACCAUCAGCUGCAGCAGCAACAGCAGCAGCAACAGCAGCAGCAACAUCAACAGCAGCAUCAACAGCAUCAACAGCAACAUCAGCAGCAGCAGCAUCAGCAGCAGCAGAGUCAGCAGCAGACCCAAAACACCUACCACACGCUGCAGCAGCCCGAGCAGGGCUUCGUGAAGCCCAAGCCGCCGGACUACAACCCGGCCGCCGGGUACGGCUACCACCAUCCCAACACACCGAUGGGCUACGGUUACCACCACCAUCACCAUCCGCCGUACCACCACACGCCGUACGAUCCGUACCAGAACUACAACUACGGCUAUCCGCCGCAAAGCUACCACCACCAUCACCACACGACAUAUCACAACAUGUAUCCGGCUGCGGCGGCCGCAGCUGCCGCCGCCCAGACGCAACUCCCGGGCACCGGCCCCGCCCCUCCACCGCCACCGACAGCGGUCAUUCCAGCACCACCGCCACCCUCCAACUGGAACCUGUACCCACCGCACCUCGGGACGGCGCCAUCCACCGCCCAACUGCACGUGGCAGCAGCCGCCGCCGGUGCGCUCGGCAAGCAGUCCGAGCUGGGCGGCGCUGUCGGGGCCGGCAUGAUGUCACAGUCGGCUGUCGUGCCGCAGGCGCCCGCUGCCCCCCCGUCAGCCCCCCUACCGCCGAAGGAAACGCUCGGCGAGGUGACGGAAACGAACGAGAAUCUCGACUGCUUCGAGGAUCCGCAGAUGGGCGGCGUGGCGAUCGCACUGCCCCACGGCAGCGUCAUCAUCGAGUGUGCCAAGCUGGAGAUGCACUCGACGACGGCGGUGAAAAAGCCGAACCGGCUGAAUCCGACCCGCAUGACGCUGAUCUUCUACCAGCACCGGAACCUGAACCGGCCGAAGCACGGCAUCGCGGAGUGGGCGGAAAAGAUGCGGCUGAAGAAGCUGGGCAUACCGACGAACGAUCCGCUGGACGAUAAGGAUAUGCUGCUGGAGGACGACAUCAAGGCGGAACCGCUCGACGAGCUGCACCAUAUGCGUCAUAUCGGUGAUGAACAUGACAUGAUGGACGUAGAGUAUCCGGGUGUCUAGUGGUGAGAGAAGGAUCUGCCAUCGAGGCCAACGACACUGGAUGAGCAGAUCGAGCGAACACAAGACGUUACCACAACACCACUAGCACCGCCACCUCCACCACCACCAUCGGCGGCGGCGGGGGCAUUAGCGGCGACAGCUGCAGUAGCAAGCAAACCGACGGCCGGACACUCGGGCAGAGCUGCGGGAGGGAGUAGUCGGGGAGCAUCAUCCGCUUCCGCGCUACAGCUCCUCUCGAGCCAGCACCAUCAGCCGCAUCAUCACGCCCUGUCCCAUCAUUAUGGCCACAUGCAGCCGCCCCAUCAUCAUCACCACGCUUCAGCGUCCUCCUAUCAUCAUCUGGCAGGGAGCAGCAGCAGCAGCAGCAGCCAUUCGCCUGUAUCGCUACUGUCACAGCGAUAUCAUCAGCAGCACCAUCACCAUCACUAUGCCGCUGCUGCCGCCCAUCAUAGGAGCCCGUUCUCGCAGUGGCUACAGCAACCGGACGCACGGGGUGAUCCGCACGGUCAAUACUAUUACUAUUACUACUACUGAGGAGAAAGAGAGAAAGAGAGAGAGAGAGAGAGAGUUAGAGGGAAACAGAUAUUGUUGCCAUUUGUCUUGCCAAAACCAGGAGAAACAAAACGGAAAAAAACGAUCUAUCAACCAAAUAUGGUACAAAACAUGGAUCAGACAGGAGGAAGAGAAGAAAAGAUGGAGAUAGAGAGAGACGGAACGUACACCGGGAAUUAUUUUUCUUGAUUUUUUGCUGCUUUUAAACACACAAAACCCUCUCUCCCCUUUUCUUAAGGGGGUGGGAGAAACAAACUGAAGGAACAAUUCUUUCAAACAAAACAAGAUGAUGAUGAUGAACACUACUACUACUACUACUACUACCUGUUACGCAGCCGACUAUUUUAAAAAUCCUUAGCUACCAUUUAUUAGUUGCGUCUAGUUACUUUUUCUCUUCGAUUUGCGCAAAGAAGCAGCAGCAAAUUAGUUGUAUAGAGCAUAAGAAGGUAUUUUUAUGACAAAAUUUCUUUACACUAUCUUUCUCUCUCUCUCUCUGUUUGCAAGAGAGAAUAAAAGAGAGACCAUUGUGUGUGUCUGUGUGUGUGGCGCGGGGGGAAAUGGAUUUCAUUUCAAUGUUGCAAGUGUUGAUGAGUGAUUUUUACCCAUCCAAAAAGCCCUCCACACCCACCCAGAUACCGAGUGUGCUGAUGGUUAUUCUUUUCUUGAUGCAAUUAGUUUAGUACAACUUUUAAAUAGCCCCUUUUUAUGUGUAUUAGCCAUAUUAAGAAAACACAGACACAUGCGCGCGCGCGCGCGCAGACACACUCUUAGUAGCCAUCCCUGUUGAAGGUGUUUAGUAGAUCUUAUUUCAUACUUAUACUCAACGCAAAACAAGGGAACGCAAAAAGGCAGAAACACCCUCCAACCCAUUUGAAAGAGUCUUGUGGUCUCUUUUUUUGUGUAUGGGGACAGGGCAGUUUUAUAGCAACGUAAGUGAGUAUGUUUAGGUAUUACCUUCUUCUUCUUUUCUUCUUUUAUGUGUAGUGUCACAUGUUUGUUGCUAUAAUUGAGGAAGCUGCGGAGAGGAGAAGAUAAAGACACACACUCACACCGCCUCUGGAAGAAAUGUCGCGCGCAAUUAGCUAUUUAAGUAUUUAUUUUCGUUUAGAGCGAAUGUGAAUCUAUUCAUUAGUCCUUACCGCUUCAUCCCCCCUACUUUCUUUGCUACUUUAUUGCCCAUUUCUCACUAUCUAGUUUUUGUUUUAAUUCUACAUACAUGCGCGCGCGCGCAUACAAACUAUUAAGAGGAAAAAAAGCAACAACGCAAUGCGACAUUUCAUAAUUGUAUUUAAUUUAAAUUAAUUUAUAUAAAUCUUAUUUUUCUAUCAAUCGUGAGGGAAAAGGGAAAGCAUCUCACCCCUUUCCUUUUGUGUCGCCCAGAGGUUUUUCUCCCCCAUAAGUGGGGGGGUGGUAGCGAUUACAUGCCAUACUGAGUUUUGUUUUAAGGAUCGUGCAAAAUGAAGAAUCAAGACGUGUGUGCACGCGCUCUGUACAACUGUAUGAUGGUUUAACGUUGUUUAAGUAGAAGUUUUUGUAUCGUUUUUACAACUUUAUUUGCUUUCGUCUGCUUUGCGCAAGCUUCGAAGCGAUACUUCUUUCUUCUUUUUUUUAAUUAAAUUUAAUUAGAUUGAAUGUUUGUAAUUUUACUUUUCUUCUUUUAAAUAAGAGCAUAAGUUACAUGUUUCACCCCUGUGCGUGUAUGUGUGUAUGAUUGUGUUGGUGCAGCAAUUAAGACAAAACAGUGCAACCACACACACACACACACACAUACGAUAGCUUAGUGUACACUUGGUUAAGUCAGUUGAUGGAAAGAGAUACGCGAACAAAGUACGACACGUGUAGUAAUAGGAAACUAUUUGCCAUAACAAAGAACAAACAAAAACACAAACACAUACAAACAAACAAGUGUUGUUGUGACUCCCUGUCAUAUCGCAAAACAAAAACAAAAAACAAGGGAGAAAAAGAAAAGAAAAGAAGAAGCAAGCGAGCAAAGAAGUAAUACUCACAGAAGCAGAAGAAGAAGACAAAAGACGUAGAAGAACACAAACAGUCACCGCCCCACCCCCUCGUGCAUGACACAACACGAACAAAAAACGCGAAAAAAUGGGGGAGAAAAUAAGAGAUGGAAACUACUGUGAGAGCAUUUUUUUACGUUUUAAGCUAAUCAACUAAAGACAUUAAAAAUGAAGUAAAAAUGAUAACACGAAGAAGAGAAGAGGAAUGGAAAACAACACGUGAACGAAAACAGUAGUGUGGCAUGAAAUUCCAAAUUGAUGAAACACAUGAAUAUUCGUGAAGCAAGAGAGAGAGAGAGAGAGAGAGAGAGAAAAAAAAAAGAAAGCUAGAGAGCAAGAGAUAGAUAUACACGAACAAAACACACAACAAAUGAAUAAACUUAAGUUGCAUUUUUUAUAUCUCAAAAACUAA